CAUGGAUUAGACAAUGUAUUACUGACAGGCAGCCUCUGAUACUGCAUAAGAAAAGCCGCUGCAAGCAGGUUAUCUGAGGAGCCAGUUCAUGUGCGAGCAGGGAGAGGCUGUGGGGCUAUGCUGCGUUCCGACGGGAGGAGAGUCGCUACUGGGAGGAAGGCUUCCCUGGACGGACUGUACUGCGAGGAACAGGAGGCCCGGGGAAACAGGAGCCCGGCUAAUAAGUUCCUUCACAAAGGAGAGCUGCGGAGUAGCACAGAGUCUGAGGUGUUUGAUGAUGGCACCAACACGUUCUUCUGGAGAGCUCAUACAUUAACUGUAUUGUUUAUCCUCACGUGUUCGCUUGUAUACGUCACCUUGCUUGAAGAAACGCCUCAAGAUACCGCGUAUAAUGCGAAAAGAGGUAUUAUUGCCAGCAUUUUGGUUUUCCUGUGUUUUGGAGUUACCCAAGCUAAGGAUGGGCCGUUUUCAAGACCACAUCCAGCCUAUUGGAGAUUCUGGUUAUGUGUCAGCGUGGUGUAUGAGCUUUUCCUCAUCUUUAUUCUUUUCCAGACUGUCCAUGAUGGGCGGCAGUUUAUGAGGUUUAUAGAUCCCAAAUUGGGUGUCCCGCUGCCUGAAAGAGAUUAUGGUGGGAACUGUCUCAUUUAUGACCCUGGUAACAAAACGGAUCCUUAUCACAAUCUCUGGGAUAAAAUGGACGGCUUUGUUCCUGCGCAUUUUCUUGGCUGGUAUAUAAAAACACUAAUGAUAAGAGAUUGGUGGAUGUGCAUGAUCAUCAGUGUGACGUUUGAAUUCUUGGAGUACAGCUUGGAACACCAGCUGCCAAACUUCAGUGAAUGCUGGUGGGAUCACUGGAUAAUGGAUGUGUUGGUAUGUAAUGGAUUUGGAAUUUAUUGUGGAAUGAAGACCUUGGAGUGGCUGUCCAUGAAACCCUACAAGUGGCAGGGACUUUGGAACAUUCCUACUUACAGGGGUAAAAUGAAGAGAAUCGCCUUUCAGUUCACCCCUUAUAGUUGGGUAAAGUUUGAGUGGAAUCCUGCUUCAAGUCUGCAUCGCUGGCUCGCAGUUUGUGGAAUUAUAUUUGUAUUUUUAUUGGCAGAGCUCAAUACAUUUUACCUGAAAUUUGUCCUGUGGAUGCCGCCAGAACACUACCUGGUCCUGUUGCGCCUUGUCUUUUUUGUGAAUGUGGGAGGCGUGGCCAUACGAGAGAUGUACGACUUUAUGGAUGACUUGAAAUUUCAUAAAAAGCUGGGUCAGCAGGCGUGGAUGGUGGCUGCUAUAACAGUGACAGAGUUUCUCAUUGUUGUAAAAUACGACCCCUACACCAUAAUGUUGCCUUUGCCGUUUUAUGUCACGCAAUGUUGGAUUGUGGGUAUCGUUCUUGUUCUUACAUGGACAGUGUGGCGUUUCUUUAUUAGGGACAUCACACUGCGAUACAAAGAAAUCCGACAGCAAAAACAGCACAAGAACCAAGAGGAAAAAUCCCACGGCAACGGGGAAGUGAAGUCCGAAAAGGACGCGAACAAACACAAAAAGCUCUGAAACAAAAUUCUGCCUCUGCACCCAGCUCCAUGUUGCUGAACAAGAAUUGUACUUUUUAUAUUUUAAUGGAUACUUCUGCUAUUUAAUAACGAUACUUCUGCUAUUUAAUAACGAAACACCUAAACCUCAUUUGGUUUUUUUUCUUGUGGAAUAUAAACCGGAGCUUGAAGAGAUCAAUUCUUCUGAUUGCUCAAGGCAGCACAUAUGUAUUUUCCAAUUUGGGAGUCUUUCUUUUUCUUAUUUAAAGAAGAAUAUUUGCUGGUUUUCAUGUAGCAAGUGUUCUCAGUCUGUAACCCGUGGGAGUUAUGUAUAUUUGUUAGAUAUUUCCAGAAUUCCGUUUAAGGGUUUUAUUAAAAUAUUUCUGCAGAUUCUUUUGCUAAUCUUUUUCAGAAUUUUCAGUGUAAAAUCCAGUCCACUCAGGCCACUUACAGAUCCGGAAUUGAACUUGCAAGUGUUGGGACUUAUUUGGUAAAGUCCAAUUAACUCUUCCAUGUGCUCUUGCGGUUUAGUUUCUUUCGGAGAGGUUUGGUUGCAUUGUACCUUUGCUGGUUCAUGGCAUGACAACUAGUAAUUCACUCAUUCACAACUUUAAACCAGCAAACUACCUGUCAUAAUCCAUAUUCCAGAAGUAGCCUGCUUCUGUACAUUGAAAACAUAUUGCUUAAAGGAGAACUAAACCCUAAAAAAUGAAUAUGCCUAUAAAUGCCAUAUUUUAUAUGCUAAACGUAUUGAAGCAGCCUAAAGUUUCAGCAUCUUUAUAGUGGUUGUGAUCUAGGACUUGGAUUUUGUUAGAAGUGUCCGACACUCACAUGCUCAGUGGGCUAAACUAAGCUUAGGGGUCGUCACAAAUUAUCAAGCAGAAAAUGCGGUUGGUCUGUAAUAUAAGCUGAUGCUACAGGGCUGAUUAUUAAAUUCUGAUGCUUAAUUUGCUGGUUUCUGAGCUGCUAUGUAGUAAUUAACAACCGCCGCUGGUUUUAUAGAUUGUAUCUUGCGUGUUGGUCCUUGAGCUCAGUGAGUGACAGGAGCACAGAGCAUGUGCAGUGAAUCAGCAGAAAAGAAGAUGGGCAGCUAAAGGGCUGUGGUUGCCUUUUGCUUCAGGGCAGAACUAUAUUGGCGAUUUACAUGCGUUCCAACGCAAGGUGACGAAACGCUGGCGUUGUCGGAUGCGCCGAAAAUAAGGUAAGUUAUAGAAAUGUCGGGUGUUGCCGCAGCAUUCGUCUGACAUGACUGUCGGAUGAAGACGCAACAUACAGCGUCUGCAUCCGACAGUUGUUGUGACGGAUGCACCGUGCGGCAACACCCGAUAUUUUCAGUGAAUCCAACUUGAUGCCAGUGUUGGAAAUCAUGUAAAUCGCCCAUCUAUUUCUGCCCUUACAGAAGCCCUAAAUACAAUGCACAACGUUUCUAGCUACUUUUUUAGUUAGGCUUAAGUUCUCCUUUAAACACGGGAUCAUUUAUAAACACUGCAAAUUUGCCUCUGGGCAAUAACCCAUGGCAACCAAUCAGAUGUUUGCUUUCAGCGUUCACCCUGCAGCUGGCUAAAAAUGCUAAUCACUGGUUGCUAUGGGUCACUGACCAGGUACAAAAUUGCCCAGUCAUUUUAAAUGGUGUAAUACAUGUGAUCCUACAUGUACAGUCGUCAUUCCAACUGGAACUGUAUAUCCUACAUAUGGAAACACAAGGCUGCAAACUAGACCUCUAAAUUCAUUGGCCAUGUCCUCCAUUCUAAGGGCUCGGCCCUGGUUACUGGCAAAGAGCAACUGGAUUUUACACAGUGUCUUUUGUAGUGUAGUUCAACUACUUCCUUUGAAACUGAGAAGUGUUUUGAGUACUGUAUGUUAACUGUAGUGCAUUUUGUAUUUGAACAAUAUCCAGAUCAGAACGGCUCAAAAAAAAA